UUUGAGACAAAAGAGGAAUGAAACUUGAAACUGACAGUGUGAAACUGUCAUUUAAUCGUGCUAUAAAUAAAGAAAAAUAUAGACCUCACACUUUCAUGACUUUGUACUUAAAAUUCCGAGGUCCUCUUCUUCUUGAUGUGAAAACUUUUUGCGAAGAAUUUGUCUUGAUCAAUUGAAAACAAAGUUGGACAAGCAGACAAGAUGCCCGUUCAUUACGAGUGCAAGAUUGGCCCCUCCAUCUUGAACUCUGACCUAGCCUCGUUGGCUGACGAGUGUCAACGUGUGCUGGACAGUGGGGCAGAUUACUUACACUUAGAUGUCAUGGAUGGGAAUUUUGUGCCUAAUAUCACAUUUGGUCACCCCAUGGUGCAGUGUCUCAGACAGAAAGUCAAGACAGCUUUCUUUGACAUGCACAUGAUGGUUGCAGGUCCAGAAAAGUGGAUUCAACCAAUGGCAGACGCCGGAGCCAACCAAUACACAUUCCACAUCGAGGCAACGGAUCGACCCAAAGACAUCAUAAGACUCAUCAAGGAAGCCGGAAUGAAGGCGGGGAUAGGCAUCAAGCCAGGUACUCCAGUUGAUGUUGUUUUCCCGUACGUGGAGGAUGCCGACAUGAUUCUGGUCAUGACAGUCGAGCCGGGAUUCGGGGGACAAAAAUUCAUGGAAGACAUGAUGGCCAAGGUGGAGCAGCUAAGAGCAAAGUACCAGUCACUGGACAUAGAGGUGGAUGGUGGGGUGGGACCGGCCAAUAUUGACAUGGUUGCUAAGGCUGGGGCCAACAUGAUCGUAUCGGGUAGCGCCAUCAUGAAGAGUGACAACCAACGGCAGGUCAUUAACACCCUACGCGGCUCUGUCAACGAUUAUAUCCAGACAGCUAAUCUCAAUAGAUAGUGCUUUGUUGCGUGUCCUUUUUGUACUACUCCCUAACUCACUAAAUGACUCACUGCCGCUCGUGAGCCAGGCAGCGCUUAUCAUGUUUAGACCAACCAGGGCAUGUUAUCAAUAUGGGCUAUUCUCAGUUCAGUGCUGUGGUCCAGUGUUUACUGUUUUUGACUCAUGUG